AUGUUAUUAUUUAUAGUGAUAGUGUUUAUUAUACUUCUUUACGUGUACACAACCCGCAACCACAAUUAUUGGUCAAAAAGAAACGUAAAACAUGAUCCACCAAUACCCUUAUUUGGGAAUCACUUUCGUAACGUUUUCGGAAUCAAAAGUAUGGUGGAGCUGUCCACUGAGCUGUAUAAUAAAUAUUAUGAAGAGAAAGUCGUUGGAUAUUACCGAGGUGCGACGCCAGAACUAAUUAUUAAGGAUUUGGAUAUAGCGAGAGACAUUUUGUGUGUAGAUUUCGGUUACUUUUAUCCAAGAGGUCUUGGAAGAGACCCUAAACAUCAAACUUUGUUUAACAACCUUUUUCACGCUGAUGGCGAUACUUGGAAACUGCUACGUCAGAGAAUGACAGCAGCUUUCACCACUGCGAAAUUGAAAAACAUGUUUCCGCUUAUAGUAAAGUGUGCUGAAACGUUGCAAGUUGUGGGAGAAGAUAUCGCGGCACGCGGCGGGAACUGCGAUGUGCGCGAACUGAUGGCUCGCUUUACUACGGAUUUUAUCGGUGCUUGUGGUUUUGGCAUCGAAAUGGACACCAUCAACACCGAGCACUCCCUCUAUAGAAACUUAGGGAAAAAAAUCUUUGCCCGUUCCUUCAGAAACAUAGUCAUGGUCGGCUUAUGGGAACUUUUUCCCGAAAUCAGAAGUUUGUUGUAUUUCGAUGAUAUGCUUAUCAACAAGACGAUUACUGAGAUUGUAAAAAAAAUCCGGGAGCAUAGAAACUAUAAGCCGUCUGAGAGAAACGACUUUAUCGAUCUACUAUUGGAACUUGAAGCCAUGGGUAAAAUUGUAGGUGAAUCUAUAGAAAAAGUUAAUCCAGAUGGUUCACCAGUGCAAGUUGAGAUGGAAAUGGACCUUAACUGUAUGGUGGCACAGGUCUUCGUUUUCUUCGCAGCUGGAUUUGAAACGUCAUCGUCGUCUACCAGCUAUACACUGCACGAACUGGCGUUUCAUCCAGAGAUUCAGCAUACAAUUCAAAUGGAGAUUGACCGGGUGCUGCAGAAAUACGAUAACAAACUGUGUUACGAUGCAAUUUCCGAGAUGUCGUACUUAAGUAUGGCCUUCAAGGAAUCAUUACGAAAGUUCCCCUCUCUCGGUGUACUAAACAGAGUGUGCGCGAAACGAUACAAAAUAUCAAAGCUAGAUAUAACUAUAGACCCAGGAGUAAAAGUAAUAAUCCCCGUACAAACGAUACAAAACGACGCGAAAUACUAUGAUAACCCGGAACAAUUUCGCCCUGAAAGGUUUUCUCUACAAGCAGAGAAGCAAAGAAGCAACUUCGAAUAUAUGCCAUUUGGCCGAGGUCCACGAGCUUGCGUGGGCGCUCGCCUCGGUGAGAUGCAGUCUCUAGCAGGUCUUGCAGCCAUACUGCAGAAGUUUACAGUGGAACCGUGUAAGGAUACCUGUCGAAAAUUAAAAGUUAACCACUGGAUGAACGUGGUUCAAGGAGUCAACGGGGGAGUGCCUUUGAAACUUACAUUAAGGAAGACUUAA